CAGGCAGGGUGCGGAGGACGCCAUGGGGUGCUGCAGCGGCAGGUGUACCUUGGCCUUUAUCUGUGGCAUGCAGCUGGUCAGCGUCUUAGAGCGUCAGAUCAUUGACUUCCUGGGCUAUCAGUGGGCUCCCAUCCUGACGAACUUUCUCCACAUCAUCGUGGUCAUCCUGGGCUUGUUUGGCACCAUCCAGUUCAGACCGCGCUACAUCACUGGGUACGCAGCCUGGCUGGUCGUCUGGAUGACCUGGAAUGUUUUCAUCAUCUGUUUUUACCUGGAGGUCGGCGAGCUGUCCAAGGACUCCGACCUUGUCCUCACCUUCAACCUGUCCAUGCAUCGCUCCUGGUGGAUGGAGAACGGCCCCGGGUGCAGGGUGACCCCCAUCAGCCCACCUCCUUCUUGGGCCCCCGAGGACCACCGAUACAUAUCGAUAUCCGGGUGCCUGAUGGACUUUCAGUUUGUGGAAGUGGCUCAUUCCUCGUUGCAGAUACUCCUGGCUUUGGCGGGCUUCAUCUACGCCUGCUACGUGAUCAAGCUCAUCUCGGAGGAGGAGGACAGCUUUGAUUUUAUAGGCGGAUUCGACUCGUACGGCUACCAGGGGCCUCAGAAGACCUCCCACCUUCAACUACAGCCCAUGUACAUGUCAAAAUAAGACGAGGAGCUGCCUUACCACUUCUUGGUUUGUUUAUAAUGCUGGCAAACAAACAAGGACACAGAAGAUUGAGACUCCCCGCUCCUGCAUCACCUUCCCUGACUUCCUUGCAGUGUCGCGUCUAUUGCUGACGGUACAACACUGACCUCUGGCGGUGGAAGGCAGGAACUACAAGGCACGGGAAUAACCUGCUUCCAUUGGCUGGUGGAUUUUUAAUCGUUUUUGUUGUGUUUGUGCAUUAGUGGAUCAUCAAAACCCGGUUGACUUUUUGGGGAACUCUUUUUUUUUUUUUAGUGCCUGACAGACUUACUGACACCAAGUGUACGACCAACUAAGGAAUGUCAGAUAAAACGUACUCCUGGUCCACGUCCAGAAUUGUUUGGAUUCUGAAUGUGACUAAAGACGAUAUAAAAAAAAAAAAAGAAAAGUGAAUCUUAAUGUUUACAGUCCAAGGCAAUGCAACGAGGAGACAGGCAAAUUGGUUUUUUGUGUGUGUAGUCGGGCCUCUGCUGUGUAAUUCGUCUUCCGCCAACAAACAACAAGCAGAGUGCCAAAGAACACAAGAAGCAUCCAUCCACAACCAUGAAAUCUUCCAAAGGCCCAACAAAUUAAUGACAAUCACGAAUCCCUUUCACACCGUCUGAGAAAGCCGACAAUGUUCGGAAUGCGUGGAUGGCGUGACAAUUUUCCAGCUUCAAAGGUAGUAUCAGAAUAAUAACGGAGUCGGGACUAUACCUGUGUGAGAAAGUGCGGGAAAUUUUAAGUCUCUGUAACAUGAAAAUAAUGUCUCCAAAAUUUUGCGCAAUACUGCAAUGAAUGAUCAAAACCUCACCAAGUAUAAAAAAAAUGAAGCUUCAAAUUCAUGAAAAAUAGAGAUGUUGUGGGCGUAAUAGAACAUUUUAAAACUCUUUAGGUAAAAUUUGCAUUCAAUUGUGCGUGAUACAUUUUGAAAAAAAAUCCUGAAAAUAGUUUUUCAAAUGCUCCACCAUUCAAACUUACAAUCAUGCUAAUGCAAAUAUGAUACUGUAUUUGGAACUUGGUCAUGUACUUGGAGAACUAUGGAUUUUUUUUUAGGCGGUACUUAGUUAAAAAAAAAAAAAAAAACAACAACUCUUAGACCCACUGGGCAAGCCCAAAUACCUCAUUUAAAAAAAAAAAUCCAAAUUUAGCUCUUGAGGUCAAACGUAUGCCGACUUUCCCGUUCAUCCUGCAGACAUGCUCCAUAACAGUGCACUUGUGCCUGUAAAUGUGUCGUCAUGACACUAGACUGCCACACUUGAAUUUUGAUGCAGCCUCUGGAGUGUACCGAUGCGCACCACAACGUAUGUCAGGAAAGCAAAAUGUGAUCGCCUGCUAGUUGGACAUUUUGGACUCUCUGGACCAAACAUUGGAGGCCUUCCUUGUUUACCAUGCAACUCUUGUACAUGGAGGCUUUAAAAACAUUUUCCUGAAAGGAUCCAGCCCUCUCUGGAGGUCACUGGUGAGGACUUCAGAACAGUGUGUGUGUGUGUG